CCUUCCUUUCCCCCUCCUCCUCCUGAACGAGUCUGGCCGGAGCUGUGGAUCAAAAUGGCGGCUGCCGUGGCGGCCGGAGCAGACCGAGGAGGGGGUACCGAGAGCCGCUGAGUCGGGCCGGCGUCUGGAGCCCAGCCGGGGAUCAUGGAGGCUCCGGGCUGCGGUUAGAGACGCGCGCGAAAUGAAGGCAAAGGACCCGUUUGAACCAUGCCUUGAAGUUGUAUAAUGGAUUAUGGAACUGUGCGCUGAUGAGCCAGCAAGUGGAAUGCCUGAGUGACUGAAGAAAAUGGGUGCUAAUGCUUCAAACUACCCUCAUUCGUGUUCCCCAAGGAUAGGGGGAAAUUCUCAGGCUCAACAGACAUUCAUAGGAACAUCCUCCUAUUCCCAUCAAGGCUAUGGCUGUGAAUCCAAACUGUAUAGCCUCGACCAUGGCCACGAGAAACCUCAAGAUAAGAAAAAGAAAAGUUCUGGCCUUGCCACUCUCAAAAAGAAGUUUAUUAAGCGCCGAAAGUCUAGCCGGUCUGCCGAUCAUGCCAAGCAGAUGCGUGAGCUUCUCUCAGGCUGGGAUGUUAGAGAUGUCAAUGCGUUAGUGGAAGAGUAUGAAGGAACGUUAGCCUUAAAAGAGCUUUCUCUGCAAGCUAGUUUGGCAAGACCAGAAGCAAGAACGUUGCAGAAAGACAUGGCUGAACUGUAUGAGUUUAAAUACUGUACGGAUGUAGAUUUAAUAUUUCAAGAGACUUGCUUUCCUGUGCAUUGUGCAAUUUUGGCUGCAAGGUGCCCGUUUUUUAAGACCCUGCUUUCUUCUUCACCAGAAUAUGGUGCAGAGAUUAUAAUGGAUAUCAACACAGCUGGCAUAGACCUGCCCAUGUUCUCUGCUUUGUUGCACUAUCUGUACACAGGAGAAUUUGGAAUGGAGGACUCAAGAUUUCAAAAUGUUGACAUCCUCAUGCAGCUUAGUGAGGAAUUUGGAACACCAAAUUCUUUAGAUGUUGAUAUGCGAGGGCUGUUGGACUAUAUGUGUUAUUAUGACGUGGUUCUCAGCUUUUCAUCUGACUCUGAACUAGUUGAAGCUUAUGGUGGAAGUCAGAACUGCUUAGAUGAGGAGCUCAGAGCACACAAAGCUGUAAUUUCAUCACGGUCCCCUUUUUUCCGCCAUCUACUGCAGCGAAGGAUACGGACUGGUGAAGAAAUCACAGAUAGAACGCUAAGGACUCCAACAAGGAUUAUACUGGAUGAGUCAAUCAUACCAAAAAAAUAUGUGAGAGUAAUUUUAAACUGUAUGUAUACAGAUUUGGUGGACCUCUCUAUUUUGCACAGCAGCCCCUCAGUGGGGAGUUUAAGUGAAGUUCAGGCUCUUGUAGCAGGAAAGCCAAACAUGACGAGGGCUGAAGAAGCUAUGGAACUUUACCACAUUGCGCUUUUCUUGGAGUUCAGUAUGCUUGCGCAAGGCUGUGAGGAUAUUAUCGCAGAGAGCAUCUCACUAGACACCUUAAUUGCCAUUCUCAAGUGGAGUUCUCAGCCUUAUGGCUCCAAGUGGGUACACCGCCAAGCACUGCAUUUCCUCUGUGAGGAAUUUACCCAGGUCAUGACUUCAGAUGUCUUUUAUGAACUCGGCAAAGACCACCUGCAAACUGCCAUCCAGUCUGACUACUUACAGGCGAGUGAGCAAGAUGUCCUGAAGUACCUUGUUAAAUGGGGCGAACAUCAGUUGAUGAAAAGAAUAGCAGACCGAGAGCCCAAUUUGCUGAGUGGCACAGCUCACAGUGUGAACAAGCGAGGUGUAAAGAGGCGAGAUCUUGACAUUGAAGAACUAAAAGAGAUCCUUUCUCCUCUCCUACCAUUUGUCCGCACUGAGCAUAUUUUGCCUAUAAACAGUGAAGUGCUGACUGAUUCUAUGAAGAGAGGUCUCAUCAGUACCCCUCCUUCGGAUAUGUUGCCAACAGCAGAAGGUGGGAAAUCCAAUGCGUGGCUGCGACAAAAGAAUGCAGGCAUUUAUGUGAGGCCAAGGCUGUUUUCACCAUAUGUGGAGGAGGCUAAGUCCAUUCUAGACGAGAUGAUGGUGGAACAGACUGACCUAGUUCGUUUACGAAUGGUUAGAAUGUCUAAUGUACCAGAUACCCUCUACAUGGUAAACAAUGCAGUUCCACAGUGCUGUCAUAUGAUAAGCCACCAGCAAAUAAACAGUAACCAGUCCAGCCCACCUUCAGUUGUGGCCAAUGAAAUCCCAGUUCCUUGUCUCUCAGUUGUUAAAGAGAUGGUCAAACGGCUGCAGGAGCUUCGCCAUACUGAACAAGUGCAAAGAGCUUAUGCUCUUAACUGUGGAGAAGGGGCCACUGUCAGUUAUGAGAUUCAGAUCCGCGUGUUGAGGGAAUAUGGACUUUCUGAUUCUGCUGCUGAGCUCUUGCAGAAUCCUCACAAGUUCUUUCCAGAUGAGCACUUUGGAGAUGAAAGCCCACUUUUGACCUUGAGGCAGCCAGGGCGGUGUCGUGUGAACAGCACACCCACAGCAGAAACCAUGUUUACAGAAUUAGACUCUUUUGUGUCCUUCCAUCCACCGCUGCCCCCUCCUCCGCCUCCUUACCAUCCACCUGCUACUCCAGUUCACAACCAGUUCAAAGUCGGAUGGAAGCAAAGGGCACAGAGUCAGCAUCCCUCGCGUUCCUUUUCUUACCCUUGUAACCAUUCACUGUUCCACACCAGAACAGCACCUAAAGCUCCCCCUCCCAUGUACUUAGCUGGUGUCAAAGCCACACCUCCUGAUUGCACUAACACCACAGGACUGGGAAGACAAACAGUUGCUGCUGCAGCAGCAGUGAUGGCUGCUGAAAAGCAAGCAGGUACUCAACCUGUGCUCAAUGAACUGAUGCCAGAUAUUGCUCUGGGCGUGUCGACAAUGUCUCUCAAGGACAGGAGGCUACCAGAGCUUACUGUUGACACAGAACUGAGCCAGCCUGUUCUGGAGGUUGGGCCAGGAGUACCCCAACAUGUUUCAUGCAUUCAGACAAGGCACAUACACAGUUCACGGAAAAAACAUUCAGUUGAACAAAAAUUGGAUUCUAGAGAGAAUCAGCAGGAAUAUCCAGAUUUCUAUGAUUUCUCCAGUGCUGCAUGCAGACCUUCUACUCCUGCCCCUGGCAGGCACACUCCUUCGCCUUCUCAAUGUGUCUAUUUUGGCCCAGAUUUGUACAGCCACAAAGCAUCAUCCAGUGGUUUAAAGGCGUCCCACUUAUCUAAUCACAUCUCUCCAAAAAAGCCUGAAGACUCUAGGAGAGAGUAUGCACUUUCUCAAGAAGGGCAUCCACAUAGACAAAAGAAUGAACCAAUACACCUCGAUGUCUUAGAACAACCUCCCCAGCGGUUGGACUUGGCAUUGGCUGCUCAAGAGAAUGCUGGGAAUGGUCCAGUUCAUGCAAGGGGGCGAGCAAAAAUAGAAACUGACUUAACCUAUGGGCUAACCUCUAGCCGGCCUUCUCUGCCUGCAUACAGCUCAGAGAUCCAUGGAGAGCAAUCCAGCCGGCGAUUGGCAGACCUUGAGCCUUUGGAGUAUGAAGCACAGAGAAAUGCAGAUUUGGAAAGGGAAGAAGCAGUAAGCAGAGGAAGGAGGUCUCCAAGCAAACCAGAUUUCCUGUACAAAAAAUCUGCCCUCUGAAAACCACCUCCACUUCUCUGUGCCUAAGAGUGGUGAAAUAUCCAGUCUUUCCCACCUUUGGCCUGACAUUUGUUGGGCAAUUUCAUUUAAUGCCAGCUGCCACAUCAAUUUUUUAUUUUUGUAUAUAUAUGGCUUCAUUAGAGAUGGCAUGCUAUCAGUUUAUUUGGAAUGCUGCUCCAGGGUUUAUGUUCAGAACAUAUUUUGUUAAGCCUCUUUUUAAAAAAUAUAUUUUAGCUGGCACCUUUAGCAAAAAUAAAAGGUAGCCUUUUGCACCUGUACAUUAAUUUUAUUACUUUUGUACUAGUAUGUUAAAACUUUUGUCAUAUUUUAAAGGAUGUUCAUACUCUUUUGGGGGGCUUUUUAAAAAAAUCACCUUCUGGUUUCCUGUGUGCAUUGGGUUGCACAUUGAGAUGUAUUUUCUUAUCAGAUGGUGACAAUGUCUGUCUUUAUUUUUGAAUGACUAUAGGAAUUCCAAAGAACAGCACAUCUAAAUAACUGCUCUGGUUUUGUCUGAAGCCUUCCUGGUCUACCACUAGUGCAAGAAUCCAGCCUACUAUGUAUGCUCCGUUUACAGAGUCCAUGGCAACUGGCCUUCAUCUUGAUGUAGCAAACCCCCGCUGAUUAUUGUGGCUGAGGUUUUCUGUGGAAAUGAUGAGUAUAACUCCCUUAGGGUUCCUUGGAACCUCCCUCGUUUUUUUUUAUGGGUUUUUUCUCAUGCUGAGAUAAAACCUCUGAGAAGCACUUAGUUAUCUUCCUUGAGGACACACCUUAUACUGCAGAUUGUGACAGUAUUGUAAACACUGUCAUCAGGUAGGAGGGUUAGAUGCUGCUACUUAACAUCUAACACUGGUGUUAUGCUCCAUCUUAGAGGAAACUGCCUCUCCAGUAGACACCCCAGGAGUGCUUACUGCCUUCCUUGUUCUGCCUCUAAUUAAGAAACCAAGGGCUUCAGUCUUAGUGAUGUCAUUGAGUACUCCUCGACCCUGUGAAUCACUGGCUUGGUGAACAGAAAAUAUAUUCAAGAGUCAUGCCUAUAGUUAAUUAGCUGCAAGCAGUUUAGCACUUAAUUUCAUCCCAAUUUUGUGUAUGUUUUUGUCUUCUUAAAAAAGAUUGUGGGGAUUCCGUGAUUUGAUGAACACAAAGUAAAGAGAUGGCUCUAUUAGCUUAGAAAUAUCCAUUGCUGCUAAUGAUGGCCAUUUCAUCAUUCAGCAAUUGCAUGUACCUACCACGUCUUUUUGUUGCAAGUACUGGAAAAGCUCCCAAUACCACUGUGUGGGUAUCUCAUAAUAAACGCCUGACAAUAUGGUGGCCACCUCAAAGGUCCAGCUCUUCCAUCACCUGAAAACCUCAGUCAGAAUAUUAACGAAAGGUUGUUCUAACCUUAAAUCUGACUGUUUUUAGAUACUUGACACUGUUUUAAAUGUAAACCUUUUCAGUGUUUAAUCACUUCUCUCAGCUCUAAAAAGAGCAUCAGCUUUUGCCUUUUUGUUGUCACCUCCUGUUUCCUUUAGGGGAAAAACACUUAAAGGAAGUUCUGGAACCUUGAUGUAUAGAUGAGAGAAACAGAAAUCUGAUCCAGAAUUUUCACACUACAUUAACUUCAUUACAACUUAACCAUGGUGUUAUGUCUUUACAAAGCUUAAAGCAUCUUAUCCUAUGCCUUUUUAAUUUUGGUCACAAAGAGUGAUGGGAAUCCACUGUAUUAUCUAAGGCCUUUUAUGGUAUGUGAGGAGUUGGUAAGAUUCUGUGAGAUUGUCUUGUGGAGAACUUGGGAUAAGAUUGUCUUUGUUCUAAUAGUUCCCACAUACUCAAGCACCAUGAAUUAUAAUUUUAAGCCCUCUCGCCCAGAUGAGCACACAGAAAAGCCAAUGCCUAUAUUCUAGAAUUUAGAUGUUCUGUUACUUCGGGUAAGUCAUUUUGUCUACCCCUAAAUAGCAAAUUUACUUCAGCAAAUUGUUAGUGUAAUGUGACUGGCUCUGUGCAUGAGUGCCUCAAGCGGUAAAUUCUCAAUCUCAAUAGCAGCUCUAGAGUUGGUUGAAAUAAUCCAUCAGGAUUUAGUUUACAUGUGGUUUUUACUGUGGAGUAAGCUUGACAAGAAGCUUGUAAAUGGAUAUUGGUUCCCAGCAAACAAAAUGUAAAGCUUUUGAAGUCAAGUAGUAUUUCAAACUCUGGAUAAAAGCAAAGCCUGAAAAGGCACAGAAUUUUGUAGCAGGCCUUAACUGAGCUAUGUAUAGACUUGCAGUAAGUCAGAAAGGGGGAUGCAUGCGUAAACAGUACUUAUUCCCAUAAGAUUCUUCAUCUUAAUUAAACUAGAUCCAUUUCCCACCAGCUCUUACAUUGGGUCUGAUCACUUCAGUGCAGCUUUGGCAGGAGCUCUAUUAGCUCUUUUUUGAUCCAGUGUUGCCCUACUCCUUGUGCUCUUCCUUAAGAAAAGGCAUAUGUGUGUUGCCUGUGUUGGUAUCUAUGAUUAAAAGCAACUUAUGAGUAACUGGCCAAGUAAAGCCUAACUUUAGUAUCCAUGAUACAGCUAUUUUGUCAGGGGGUUAACUUGGCCAAAGAACAAACAUGAUUUGUGCCAUAAUUGAAAUUAUUUUUACAUUCUGCUGGGCAGAUUAUUUAUUUGGAACAUCAAUUACCUGGAACGUUUGUCCUCCAAAAAGCUGGUCUCAUGAAGCAACAAGCAGGGCUGUGGAGUCAGAGUCGGGAGUAAUUUUGGGUGAAGUCGGAGUCGGUAGAAAUGUUCUGACUCCUUCAUAAAUGGCAAAUGUAUAUUAACUAGUAAUAACAAAUUUAC